AAAAAACGUAAGCAGGAUAAGGAGAAAGUAAAAGAGGAGAGUGAUGGAGAAUCUGAUCAUUCUCAGAAGAAGGAAAAGAAGAAGAAGAAGGAUAAGAAAAAGAAAAGACAUCAAUCCGAGUCCUCGGAUGGUCAGGAGGCAGAGCAAGCUGGUCAUCCUCUGGUGAUGACAUCGAAGAUAGACCCUCGAGAGAUCCCGGAGGUGCCUGAGCAUAAGUUCCUGCUGCGGGGGGGCAAGGAUCAUGAUAAAAAGGAUAGAGAAAGGAUGCGGUACCGGGAGCGAGAUCGCCACGCAUACACUAGGAGCGGCAGGAUUAUAAAGGGCCGGGGCGUUUUCCGCUACCGCACGCCGUCGCGGUCUCGCUCGCGCUCGCGCUCGGUGACGCCACCGCACUGGCGACAGGCGCAGCGCAGGAUCAUCAAGCUCUCCGACUAUGAGCGCAUGGACCAGGAGAGGGCGGAGCGGGAGGCACUCGAGCCACAAAAGCCUGCAGAAAAGCCUCUUAAUGAUGGGGAGCCAGGCACGCCAGAGCAGGAGAAAGAAGAAGGAGAGUGUGACUCUACGCAUGAUCAAUCAAGGCAUGAGAAAGUUGAUUACAACGCUCUCGACUUCGAAGAAGAUAUCGAACACGAAGGAGGGCGAGUGGCCCGCGCAGGGCGUGGGGCUGCACGGGGAGCGGCACGUGGGGCUACGCGAGGGGCGGCGCGCGCGACUUCGCCCCGGCAGCGCGCUGAGGCGCUGGCGCGCGCGCUCGGCGUGCAUCCGCGACACGACCAGCUCAGAGAUGAGCGUGAUACCCGCGAGCGGCCGCGGCGGCGCGACGGGCUGGCGUCGUGCGUGCUGCCCGUGCCCCCCGCGCCCGCCGCGCCCGCCGCGCACCGCGACACCCCCCGAGACACCCCCCGCGACAACACUCGCCAUGAGGACGAGGGCGGAGACGACGUCGGCUACGACCCCUUCAGACUGCUUAGAAGCACCUUCGCCAGCCAUAAUAAAGACAGGUUCAAAGAUCAGCGAAAGGAAGAACGUCAAGAACGCACUGACACCCGCCGCGAGAAAGAAAAAGAGAGAUAUAAGGAGAAGGAAAGAGACGAGAAGCAUGGACACAGGAGUGAAAGAGAUGACCGCAAGCACUCGGAGCACCGCAAAGAUGACAGAGAAUAUAGAAAGGACGAUAAAGAAGGAAGAAAAUAUGACAAGGAUGUGAGAAAAGACGACAAGGAAGUACGGAAGGAUGAGAAGGUUAAAAAAGACGAAAGGGAAUCGAGAAGAGAUGAGAAAGAUUAUAGGAAAGAAGACAGAGAGAGUCGUGAUCACAGAAGAGAAGAGUCAGGGAAAAAGGAUAAGGAGUCUCGGGAUGAUAGAGAUUCGAGAAAAGAAGAUAGAGGUAGAAAGGAAAUUAAACGAGAGGAGUCGCGAGAGAGGGAGAAGCACAGAGAUAGAAAGAGCUCUACUAAAGAAAGGACAAAGUCGCCAAAAGGUGACCGCAAGGAGGGCGCGGAGGGUCGCGACAAAACCAAACCAGCCACAGAGGAAGACAAGAAAAAGGAGGAGGAGCGUGAUGAAGCGCGCAAGGAGCUGAUGGAGAUCGUGAGGCUGAUCAAGUCUCGCCAGAGAGACCGCGAGGCCAAAGCUAAGGAAUUAAAGAAGAAGCGUGCGUCCAGCGAGUCCUCGGCCUCGUCGGGGUCUCGUCGCCGGCGCCGCACGCGCAGCCCCAGGUCCCGCCACAGCCCGAAGUCCCGGCGUCGGCGCUCCCCCUCCACCUCCUCCUCCGACUGAACGGGGGGGCACUACAUAGCCAGUCAUUGGACCUGUUGUAAAAACGUAUUUCACAUAUAGAAAAUGACAAAACAACUACAGUAAUCUUGAUUCAACGUUGACAGGGUUUAACGGGUCAGAUAAAUUUGCCGGACUACCAACUAAGACCUAAGAUAAUAGUUUUAGACUUAUUACAUACAAAGUUAAAACUUAACCACAAAAGUUUGGUUAACUAGUGACGAUGGCAUUAUCACGCCCAAAUACAAUCUGGAUACAUUCUAAUCACGAUUUUAACUUUUUUCUAGAUUAAAACUUUAGACUUUUAUUGCAUUUGUGUAUUUUUUCAAUACUUGUUAAAGGUUUGGAUUUUGACAAAUUCAUCUAAUAAAGUUAUAAAAUGGGUAAUAUGACCAAAUAUGAAUAUAUAUUCCAAUAUUUUUGACAGAAAUGUAUAUUUCAUUAUAUCACCCAAUAUAUGGUAGGUAUGGGACCUAUUAUUUAACUAUUACCGAAAGUUUACUGAAGUAUUCACUUUUAACUUUAGUAUUUCUUUAUUUUUUUUAUAACAAGAUGGCAAACAAGCAAGCGGCUACCUGAAUCCGUCAAAAUGGCGAAGCGAC